CGCCUCUCUGACGUCACUUCCCAAGCGCGCGGGCUCAUGCUAACGGCGGCUAAUUGACAACCUGGCAACAGAGAGGAAAAUGUCCGGGACAUUAACUGUUGACUAAAGAAACCCGAGGAGAAAGCUGCGGUUACCGUGGACAGGUGAAGUGUUCCGGCUCUACGGGGAGCGUAGGGAGACAGAGGGCCGCUCAGGAGCAGUUGAAACCUCGCCGGGACGCGGCACCGCUCGGUUGUUGACAUCCAGGACGGGGACGGAUGUGGCAGCAGCUCCUCCGCCGCGUCAAGUUUCCAGCUUCGUGGCGGAAGUUUCCCUCCUCUCGGCUUCGUUGGAACUCGGAGUUUCUGGCUGUGGCUCGACCGCCGGUGCUCAGUCAGCGGCUGCCAUGAAGCUGCAGUGCGACGUGGAGGUGGUGAAUCGGAUGCUGCCCACGUUCGGGAUGAGGAGUCGAGGGAAGGGGAGCAGAGCGGUGCUGUCCAUCGGGAGACAUGCGGACAAGACGAGUCAGCGCAGCAACAUUUACAUGAUGAUCUGUACAGCUAAAGACAGAUCUGGAUCCAAAUACAAGCUGAAAGACAACAUAGAGAAGUUCUUCACGUGGUUUGUGGAGGAAGGCAAGGCCACUGUGAGGCUAAAGGAACCUGCUGUCGACAUUUGUUUGAGCAAGGCGGAUGCAAAUAGCUUGAAAAACUUCCUCUCGGCUGCUCGCCUGGCAGACCGAGGAAGCGACACCAGCAGCCUCCCGCUCUCCACGCUUACUCCCGUCCGCGCCAGGGACGUGGAGCAACCCAAGAAGAAACUCACCAUCGUGUCCAAGAAGGACUACCCCCUCACCUCCAACUUCCCUUACUCUCUGGAGCAGCUGCAGGUCUCCUACUGCAAACUUUCCCGUGUGGACAUGCGGAUGCUGUCCCUCAAAGCUCUCCGCAAACUAGACCUCAGCAACAACCACAUCAAGAAACUUCCUGCCACCAUCGGUGACCUCGGCUGCCUCUCUGAACUCAUCCUCCACAACAACCACCUGGAAGCGUUCAGCGUGGCGCUGUGCCUGUCCACGCUGCAGCGGACCCUCCAGCUCCUGGACCUCAGCCAGAAUCGACUGCAGUCGCUCCCCGCUCAGUUCUGCCAGCUCCGAGAACUGGUCAACCUCAAACUGGACGACAACGAGCUCGUCUGUUUGCCGUUCCACGUCGGACGCCUCGCGAAGCUGAGGUUCUUGUCGGCGGCACACAACCAGUUGGCAGUGCUGCCCGGUGACUUCCGAAAGCUGAGUCUGGAGAAUCUUGACCUGUUUGGAAACCCUUUCAUCCAGCCCAAUCCUCUGGACCACACAAUGCAGCUCACGUUCCCCCUCCCACUUCAAGAGAUAGCCUCCAGGGCUCUGUCCAACCUCAGGUUACCGUAUGGACCUCACCUCAUCCCUGCCCACUUAUGUCGGGACCUGGAAACAGCCAAGUCCUGCGACUGCGGCCGCGUCUGCAUCAACUUCUACAUCAAGACUGCGGUCAGCAUGAACCUGCACCAAGUCUCUCACACAGUCGUCCUGGUGGAUGACAUGGGAGGCACAGAUGCUCCAGUGCAGCAGCACUUCUGCUCGCUCUCCUGCUACUCUGAAUUUUUGGACAGCUCACUCCAGAGAGGAAUUAGAUGAGCAGGAGAAAAACUGUGGUUUCACCAAAAACCUGUAAGCUGCUGGAACCUGCAGCGGUUUAUGUGGUAGUUUGCUGGUAUCUGUUGAGACACUAGCAAGAAGAAUCUGCAGUAAUAAAUAGCUCAAUGGUAGUUUUCUGCUAAUGCCUUUUAAUAAAAGGACAAUGUUGAAUCUAGCUGUGUCCCAAUUCAGGGGCCUCCUACUUCAGAGGAUCUGGUCUGCGUGGCCCAUGUAGGCUGAUCUGAAAUGAUGUGGUCUACGGAGGAAGCCUGAUACUUGGGUUUUGGUCUCGUGCCGGUGCCCUUAUCCCAUUGAAAAACGGUUGUCACUGCAUCCUGGUAUAGGUUUCACUGGCCGGCAAUGAAAGGACGCAUUUGAAGACUGCAUUUGAAGGAGCCAUCGAAGUUGGACAGUCUAGUCGCAUGCAGUCAGUCUUCAAAUGCAGCUUCUGAAGGAUGCCCCCUCCCCCGUAUUGGGACACAGCUUCUGUUAAGCUUUGUUUUUAAAAGUGCUUCAAGCUGCCUGUUUUACACUCACGUUCAAGUUGUACUGCACUUCCCACAUAUCAAGGAUGACCAACGAGACAAGCAUAAACCUCACUCCUGUAUCUGCUCGUCACUCACUGUAUGUAAUGAUAGUGAGGCAACAACACUGACAAAAUGACUCCAGUGUGUUUUUCUAUUCUUCUUGACUCUGAGAACAAAUUCCAGGUUCCUCCACUGACCUACUUGUGCUCCGCAGGGGAAUAGAGACAUCAGACGAAUCUCCUGAACUCGGUGCCUCAGGGUUCAUAUCAACGUCACCUAAAGGGAGUUGGUUUUUACUUUGCUAAUGACCCACAUCUUAUAUAUAUCUAUAUCUAUAUAGAUAUAGAUCUAUAUAUAUAUAUGCACUGUAUGAGAAAAGUUCAAUAAAAAUUAAAGCAUUCGCCUGUCUUUAGUAAUUUAUUCUGGGAUAAUGAAAUUGUGUCGAAGCCUUCACAAAUGUUUUAUAGGUUCAGUGUGUAGAACUUGGGGACAUCUAGUAGUGAAGUUGCAUGUUGAAUAGCCCU